AUGGAGCUGCAUGCAGCGCCAGAUGGGUCCAAGUACGGAUCCCAGUUCGGGUCCAACGUACAGAGUGGCAGGCGACAGCGAUUGUACAACAUGGUCAAACAGACUAAGGAUACUUACUUUAAUGCGGCCAAAAACUCUUUGAAAAACUACUACGGGAACGACUUGACUCCGGCAGAGGCACGCGCAUUGGAGUUCGAAAUGUUUCCCCCAAAGCUACUCUGCUAUCCUUCGUACGCAAGACCCCUGCCAGACGGUGGCUACGUGACAGAAGUCAGAGGGUUGUUGUAUUCCACGGGCCAAAAGAGUAAAAGGAACAGCUUGUUGCUGUCCAUCUGCAGACAGUUCUUGAGGAACGAACCUCCGGAAAAUGUGGAACAGAGCUUGGAGUCUUUGAAAAACGAUUCAACGCUGUCCUUGGAAAGCACAUCCACGACUUCGUCUUCUGUCUCCUCCAGCUUUUCGGAACGGUCCGUAACAGGGGCCCCACCCACGCAGGAACAGGUCUUACGGGAGAGGAUUGCAGGAUUCAUGAACAAGAACAUACCAAACGCCCCACUGCAAGCAGUGCUCUAUGGUUCUCGAAAUGAGACUCUGGAUACUCAGACCGUUUCUGACGCAUCUGGUGCUUUUAACAUCUCCAUGAAAAGCGAUUUCAGACCGGCUGCUGCUAAGGUGAAGUGCUUGGAAACUGGCCUCGUCAAUGAUUGUCCAGUUUUCUUCGUAGAGAACCAAGGAGUCGGGCUAAUUAGCGAUAUAGACGACACUAUCAAACAUACCGGUGUCGUUGGAGACAAAAGAUCGAUGUUCUUGAACGUGUUCGUCAGCAGCUUUGAUGAAUGGCAAAUAAAGGACAUGCCUCUUUGGUACAAAACGUUGAGAGAUAGCAGGAACGUUGACUUUUUUUACGUCUCAAACGCCCCAGCACAGAUCUUCCCCAUAUUAUCGGAAUAUAUUAGGGGAAACUACCCACUAGGUCCAAUGUUUCUCAAACAGUACUCUGGGAACUUGCUCUCAAGUAUCAUGAAAUCAAGCGCCCAAAGGAAACUUACUGCAAUCAUAAAGAUUUGCAAUGAUUUUCCUAAUAAAAAAUUCAUACUUGUUGGUGAUUCUGGUGAACAAGAUCUGGAAGCUUACACAUCAACAGCUAUUCAAUUCCCAAACCAAAUUAUCGGUAUAUAUAUAAGAUGUUGCAAGAACUCAAUGAGUGAUGAAUAUGAUGGCGAGUCCAGAGUAAUGAACUCAUUAAACCAGUACAUCGAAAAGCAUUAUCAUAGCCAAUUUAAAGAAAAAGCUAUACCUGAUCUGAUUCAAUUUGAUUCGGACUCUGACUCAGAACUCCCUACAUCUGAAAAGAAAAAGCCGCCUGAAGUGCCCAAGAGGAAACCAGUUAUAAGUGAAGAUCUACGGAAAGAGAUCACAGAGUCUAAAUCAGUACGUUCGCAACAGCCUCCUCUUCCACCAAGAAAACCAACGAGGCUUAAGAUGAGGAGUAUGGAAGAUGCAGUGUAUUCUUUACCUUCAUCACAGAAUGACUACGGAACCUACCCUGAGUUCUUUGACAAAAAGGCAGAAAACUGGAAUGAAAGAGUGCGCACUACCGUAGACAAAUUCAAGGCACACAACGUUAACACUAGAUUCAUGUUUUUCAACGAUCCAAUUGCAUGCCUUGAAGAUAGUCUAAAAAAGAUUGAUAAGUUAUGA